AUGUCGGAAACAUGCAUUGACGAUGCUAUUACCCUAGUGUGGUGUGGAGUGGAUGAGGGAGGGAGGUACUAUAUGUGCCAGAAUACCUACGGGAUACGAUGGGGUUACUUUGAUCACGCCAUCUCUCAUAAUGCGUUAAGGACGCCCGUCAGUGGUUUUAUUGUGAGGAAUCCACCGGAUGGAAAUACGAUUCAGCUCGGACCCAUAGAUAAAAGCAUACAGCAAUGCAUAGAACACACUUCCCCCUCGGAAAUUCGGAUGAAGCAUCAAAAGUCGCGUAGGAAAAGGAAUACCGCGAGCCAUGUAAAAAUUGUACAAAUGGAAUACCAGUUCAACCGUUGA